GUCCUGUCUGUCAAGCGAGAAAAAAGACUGAGACCUUUUUACUCAGGUUCGUCAAUAGAUCAAGAUGACUUCUAUACACUUUCUUCUCUGCCUCUUAUGUUUGUACUCCUACAAAAAGGCUGUGAUGACCCGUCUGUCUCCACCUGACUGUCAGCAGAGGAGUGUAAUAUCAGCUCAUGUUGGUCAAACUAUCACCAUGAAGUGUUGCAAUGACAAAACAGAAAUAGCUGUAGUUUUCUGGUACAAACACGUUUUAGGACAGAUACCAAUGCCCAUCACCACCACAAGUAAUACAUUAAUUGAUGGAUUUGACAACAGUCGAUUCACUCUGGAUUUUGAAGUGGAUCACUAUAAUCUGAUCAUAUCAAAUGUUAACUCUUCAGAUUCUGCAGUUUACCUAUGUGCCAAAUGGGAUUACAGAGAGUUAAGAUUCAUGGAGAGCAUCACAGUCAGUGUCAGAGCUGCAGAGUUGAAUGAUCAAGUGGUGGUCCAUCAGCCACAGUUUGAGAACUUCCAGCCAGGAGGCUCGGUGAAUCUUAGCUGUACAGUUCACCCUGGCAGCUGUGAUGGAGAACACAGUGUUUACUGGUUCCUCAGCUCUGGAGAACAUCAGCCAGGACUCCUUUACACCAGUGGAGGCAGGAGUGAUCAGUGUGAGAAGAAACCAAACACACAAACACACACCUGUGUCUACAACCUUCCACUGAACAUCUCUAAUUCUGGAACCUACUACUGUGCUGUGGCCUCAUGUGGACACAUACUGUUUGGAAAAGGAACUAAAGUGGAGUCUCAAGCAGACGAAGUGAACUUGACGUAUUUAAUGUACGCAGCUUUGACCUUCACCUCCAUCCUCAGUGUUUUUCUGUCUGUGUUACUGGUUAAGAGGAACAAAGAGAACUGCUGCAAGUGUUCAGAUUCAACCAGAGAAAUAUCAGCUCCCUCCACAACAAAUGAAGAGGGCUACGGAGAUGAAGAAAACCUCCAUUAUGCUGCUUUAAGUGUCCACAACAGAACCAGACGACGGAUGGACAAUGUGGAGAAUGACUGUGUGUACUCCAGUGUACGACAUUAGCUCUGUAUUAGGUGAGGUAUUUCUCCAAAUAAAUA